GAACUGUUGCAGACCAACACCUGCAUUCACACCAGAUGGAGAAACAAGCACUGCUGCCAGGUCAUGCUCAGCAGUGGAGUGCUGGUGACCCUGACUGUACAAGGACCUCAGCUCGAACAAGUGUGUAUAGACCGUACAUUAGUGGGCCGACUACCAGCCAGCACGGUGACGCAUGCGGUGCUGAGCGAUAGGCUGAUUCUGCUGUCCUUCCUGGAGCAGAGCCAAGUGGCGGCAGUCUACCUGAACAAAAAGACCCAGAACUCCCCAGAGACUGGCAGGCGAACAGACAAACUCUCACCCUCUGAAAUCAAGGUGGUAUGUGUGGAGUUGGGCGGGUGUGGUCGUAGGCUCCACAGACAUGUAAGUCUCAACAGUGUCCAGGAUGUGGCACUCUGCUGGUGGAACCAGGAUGAGUCCAGUGAGGAGCUAUGGCCCUGGACUCCCACAGAUACACACAGGAAUAACCUUGUCCUAAUCAGCUGCUCACCUGCUGAAGGCCUGAAGGUCCUAAGCUCAGUCCACACUGAAGGCAACCCUCUGGACUGCCGCUUCAGCCUGCUCCAGCCCUACCAGGUCCUAACAGUGGAGUUACCUGCAGGGCCUCAGGGAUUCAGAGAGGAGUCCUGGGCUGAUACCUGUGUGUAUGAAUGUGCACGAGGACGCCUGCACCGCCUUUCAGUCACCCGAAUCCCGCUGUCAUCUCACCCAGUCUCCUGCUCGCGUCACCCCUCUGAGACCACUCUGCUUCUUGGCUUAAGUGACUCCUCCUUAGUCCUGUACGACCAACGACGCGGGAUCUCUUUCCUAGCCUCAUGCCCCGUGCCGGCCACCCUCCUCGCCUGGCACCCUGCUGGGGCUGUUGUCAUGGUAGGGGGAGGACAGGAGGAGCUGAUGUGCUUUGAUGUGGGCUUGGCACCUGUAAAUAUGGCGCUCGUAUCAGAGGAGGUAGCUUCAGCUCCCACGUUAAGACUAGCUCAGCACCUGCGCUGUUCUGGAGGCCUGGCAGGACUGCAAUGGGCGACUGGCUUGGAUGGAGGCCCAGAGGGGACAGAUAUGCUCGCACUUUCUUUUCAUGGUGGACCACUGGCAGCUUUGAGAUUUAGACUAG